ACGUCUGUCAGUCCAUCCUCACUCACUCGAUCCUCGCCACGGUCUCGCGGCCGCUCUGUCCGGUUCUCUUCCUCUCGAGUCCUCCACGGAUAAUCCCGUCGUAUAAGUGCACCGAGCUCCGCGAUUCGAGGUCGCCUCGUCGUCGAUCCAACCGUCGCGCACGGACCGGCCAGACCCGUGCCCCGCGAUAUAUCGUUCCGUUUCGAGACUCCCGACUGGCUGGAACCAGCCCAGUCACAGGGUCGAGCAGGAUGACCCUGGCCAGCCUGGGAAGGAUCAUCGCCGUCCUCGCGUUGCUGCUCCUGGAAACAUCCUGGACGAGGGGCAAGCCUCAGCAGAUCAAACCAGCGUGCAGGUACGAGGGUCGCAGGUACCAGGAGGGCACGUCUGUAGCAACGGCCGAGCCCUGUUUGCAGUGCAGGUGUAUCGAUGGCGCCCUCAGAUGUCGUCUUCGAGUUUGUCCACGGUUACCGAAUCCACCUCCACCGGGGUGCCGUUUUCGUCCACCAGGAGAGAACGUGUGCUGCGCCGAACUGAUUUGCGGCGACACACGCGACUCCGAGAACGCUUUGAGAAGGUCCAACGUUCACGUGGAGCAGAAAGAGACGUACGAGGAGGAUUAUACGAAUUCUCGCUUUCAAGGUUGCCUGCACGAGGGCGUGAGAUACGGGCCAGGUUCGGCGAUGAUGGGCUCGCGCAGAUGCGAGUACUGCUACUGCAUCUCCGGUGCAAGAAGAUGCAUCAGACCGAAGUGCCUGUUGCCCCUGCCAGGAUGCACUCCUCUCUAUGCGCCGCACUCGUGCUGCCCGGUUGCCUACAAUUGCACCCAUCUCCACCCGUCCACCCUGGCGCCAGUCACGGGAAAUGGAUGUCGCGUCGGAUCACGGGUUUACGAGGAGGGCGAGAUGGUCAGGGACAUCGAGUGGAAGGCUGCCUGCGACAAUUGUUUCUGCGCGAUGGGCGCGGUGCGUUGCGUGCCCCUCGCCUGCGCUCCACCCCUUCAAGGCUGCACCCCCAUCGUACGCGACGGACACUGCUGUCCCUCCACCUACAACUGCAGCGGUAGCAUCGAGGUUAAGGCCACCCAGAACUACGCCUCGUACGCGUUCAUCAGCAAGGACUACGCCAAGUUUCGCAAGGAGACCAAUUUCUUUCCUGCAGCGGAGCAAAUAACGAGCCUUCCGGUGGAGGGUCGCGGUCAUCGCGUGGUCGAGGAACGAAUCGAUUCGAGCACGACGGACCGUGAGGAGUCCUCGAUCCCCACCGAUCCCACGUCAUGGCCUUCCACGUUCGAGACCGACAUCAUGGACAACGAGAUCCUGGUGGAGACGGUGGCCAACGUCAAGUCCAGCCCUGAAAUCCCCACCACGACGCCAGGCUUCCUCGAGGAGCUGACAACCAUGGUCGACUCGACGACCCUUGAGUCGACUUUGGCCAGCAAAGAAGAUGACUCAGCCAACGACCUUUCUACGACGUUCUCGACGAGCACCGUGGAGGGAUCUACGAUUACCACGAUCGAGGAUCUCUCAUUCUCGGAGGACGCCACCACCGAUCGAACAACCCCCUUACCGGAAGUAGUUGGAAACGAUACAGUGACGGAGGAGGAGACGAAGAUCAACGUGACUGUGAGGAACAAGGAUACUGUCGUCUCCUCGAAUUUGACUCAGGCAGCGUUCAAAGAAGACUUCGACCAUGUGAACUUCACGAUGGAGCCAGCAGAGACAACGGAGUCCAUAACUAAAGGGGCGCCCGCCAAAACGUCAUCCAGUGUACUAAUGCCGGAUGACAUCCUGGUGAUGAACGUUACCGUGAAAACGAACGUCUCGGUGGGUCACAUUCAGGGUGUCACGAUAAACCCGAUUAGGUCAAUUCCGCCGGACGUCGAAGCCAUACUGAACAUCACUCACAGAGAGAAGGGAGUGGACUACGAUUACGAUUACGGCGAGCCAACGUUACCGCCGUCGCUACCGAAUGUCAGGAUAAUUCCAUUCGUGGCGGCAGACGCGCUGGUGAAAGACAAGACGGUUCCGUCGCCUGUCACGGGGUAUCCUUCCGGAUCGGUGGUCGUACCGCCCGAGCUACGGCCGACUGACACUUCUGGAUUUUACGAUAUCGCUACUCAGGAAAACAGAUUCAGUCCGCCUGUGGAGACCGAAGGUGGCUUCGUGCCGAGAGAACCACCCUAUUUCGGCGCCCCUUAUCACUCCACGGACCUGAAUCUGGAAAUUGGCACAGCCGUCACUGUUGUUCCAGCGCCCAUCACGAAUUCUCACCGCAAAGGCGAUGCCGGGAACUGUCUCUUCGAGAAUAUGGAACACCGCCACGGCGAGAUUCUGCCGAGCAGCAAUAUCUGCGUGAUUUGCAUGUGUUACUACGGCGAAGUGGUGUGCUCCUCGGAGAAGUGCCCGCCUCUGAAGAUCGGCUGUCGAAGAAUAAACACCGAGGAAACCUGCUGCGGGAAAAUCGUCUGCGUGGAAGCAGAGGAGUCGCCCACGGUGGUGUUGGACCGCGCGGACGCCACCGCGCCAUCCCUCCAUCAGCCGAUCGUGUCACCGGAUCCGUUCCGCGAUGUGAUCAAGACGGAACCGGCGCCCGAUCUGCCUUCCCUUAUAGAAGACAUGAUCCCCUACCUGGUGGAGCACGGUAUCACCACACCCAGGACGACCACCACGACAACCUUGAACCCUCUGCAAACCCAAGGAUCCAAUCAUCCCCCGCACACGUCCAACUUCGAUUACAUGGACGAGCUGCCACUGAUCCAUCCGUACGAUUACAGCCAGAAAGAAGGAAACGACGAGCUCCUCUCCAAGAAUAAAUACGCCGCCAAUCGAGACGGAAGCGAGUCGCACCCCGAGGAAGGGAUAUCGACGAGUUACAAUUCGAAGGACAGCGAUCAGACACCGAACCACGUUUCGGAGACUGUCCCGAUAAAGGGAGACUUCGAUAGGGGCGGUCUGUCGGGAAUGGUUCACACCACUUCCCACCCUACCAACACCGUAGAUUCUAUUCCUUUGCAGUCAAACAGCUCGAGGAACGCUUCCACUGUGUCGCCAGCUAAGGAUCCAGUUGAGAUCGACGACGUCAAGGUUCGUUCGACGACUGUGAAACCUUCCGAAGACGUGGAGACUCUGUUCUCCCUGGACAGUGUCCUUGACCUCCUGUUCAACUCUGAUAACGAACCCAGCAGCGAGGGUACCAGUACCCGUACCAGUACCAGUACCACGGGUGCAUCCACCACUGAGAGGUCUACAUCGGACAGGAACGUUACGCAGGUGACGGAGGACGCGAGGGAGCCCGUUGCGGAGACCGCGACGCCCUCGAAGGUCCUGGAGAACGAGAUCCCGGUCUCUGUGACCGGUCUGCUGAAGCUGGCCGGGUGUAAUAUUUACGGGAGGAUGUACCGCGUCGGGAGGAUCAUCACUGAACUAUCCGGGCCUUGUUUGGAGUGCAGGUGCACGGAGAUAGGCGUCCAGUGCAAGCAGCUGCAGUGUUGAUGGGAGUCCGGUGACGUCGAGGAGGUUGUCUUUCUUUCUCGCUGCUGACGGGAUAGGUUAAGUUUAGGAUCGAUGCGUUCACUGAUAAGCGAAGGAGCCAAUCGAUGGUAGGGAAAUUGGCCACCGGCGUGACUGAGCGAAUUGGCCACCUAUUUUCCGAAUGGCCAUCCUUUUAAACACGUUCCGUGCCGGUUGAAAGGGAGUUUUUAAAAGUCAAUCGACUCGCGGGGUGCGUCGACGACGGUUCCUCUUCGACUGUAGGAUGUUAUUUGUUCUCCAAUCUCGAUGACCUUGAGGUCAGGUUGUAGGGAGACUUUAACGCUUUUUGUUUUUAUUACCGUGGCGAAGGGGAAAAUCUUCUAAAAGACACCCUUAAGAUGUUGUUGGGGCUGGUGUCAGAUUUUUACUGACUAACCGUCCACCACUUGGCUUGACCUUCAAGUAACCUACAAUGUUGCAUUUAACGAUGCAGUCAAUUGAAAUACGAAAAACCUCAUCUUAUUGGUUCAUUCCAAGUCCUAGUGUCUCCUGUACUCAUGGCACAAAAUUUUCCCGAGUCUCUUAAACGCACAUUUAAUCUGGCCAAACUGAGAAUCCGAAGAAAGCUAUUCCAGGACCAUUUUUCUACCAAAGAGUUCUCUCGUGGUUGCCUAAUAAUUCUCGCCAUGUCCAGCCACUUUCCCGUUUGAUCGUUAAUUAAUUCCCGCAGGAGUAACCAACGAAAUACAUUCUCAGAGGUGAAGUUUUAAGGGUCGAAUCAUAAAACUAUUCAAUUAUCCGCUCCCCAACCCCUGGCCCCGUCAGCCGCCAUCUCACGUUAAGAUUCUCUCCCCUUAUUCCAGCCGCGUCGUUGACCAGCCCAUAAACGCCCCCUUUAGAAAGGAUCCACGGCCACCUGGGGGAUCGAUCAGGAUGUAAUUGUGAGGAAUAGUCCUUCCGUGCUUCGCAAGGAUAAGUGGAUAGAGACGGAAGUUAGCGCCUCUGCCUGGCUCCUCCGCUUUAAUGGGAAUUAUCCUCGCCUAUAUAGACGUCUCAUUUUGAUUUAUCUGUGCAAUUUAUCUCGCGCUGGUUAAAUGCAAAAGAUCCAGGAGCCCGGGACUCGGGUUAUCUUGUUGAGUUAGCUCAACUCUUCGGUAUCGACGUAAUCGGGGAUCGUCGACAGGUUUGCAACCGAAGAGGGGGUUUUCAGACCCAUUCGUGCUUUUUUUCCUCUUUAGGUCACGGUUGAACUUGGAGGGAACCAUAAAACUGUUCGACUUUGUUCCAAUGGCAAGGCUAAUUAGUCCAGAUUCUCGAACCUUUGUUUCUCAUGUUCCUCGAAAAUGCUUUCUUAGUUGUUUCUUUGCAACCACUUUUUUUUGUCGAACCGUCUUUUAACAGUUGGGCCAAGGCCGCGUUCAUAUAGGAGCGGCGGAGAUUUUUAUAGAGGAGCUAGGAAAUUUAUUCUAAAGGUGAAGCGACUGGGCGAAUAAAUUCCUAUCACCUCGAAGGAAUGUUUUACCUCCCUAGAAAAUUUCUGUUAGUUAUUAUCAGUCCAACUCCGUUUUCUAUUUUUCUAGAAUUAUUCGAUCGGUAAGGACUAUCAAAUUGUCGCAUAUACGUUUUCAAUUCUACAGUUAAAUAAAGAGGACCAGUACGGAGCGAUCGCCCCGAAGAGUGAUUUUAUUUAUUAAGAGUGGCACGAAUAAACCGUGGCUUCGUCGGUAACAUGACCGUCACCGUAGGUACACUUAAUCCUGUAUUUUUUUUUCUUUCAUAGUUAUCGCGUAGAAUUAUGUAACUAUAGAUCUAUUGUGAUCCGUGCGACGAGGUGGCGAUUAAUCCACGUUUUUAUUACUAUUAAAUUCACAAAUAAUUCAGAUUUAAUCGAGCGAACGAUGGUCCAGUCCCAAAACUGGAAAGGCAACCGUUGUUUCCCAUUCCUGAAUAAUUUAUAGGUAAAACGUACGAAACAACAAUUUCCGCCGUCGUUUCGCGCGGGGCUACCGACAGAUUAAGUCAACAGAAUAUUCACCGUCGGGCGCGUCGCGUCAACAGUCUCGCUGUGAAAAGUUUCCGUGUUGAUAUUAGAAACGCGAAAGUCGCGCAGAGCGAUUCGAGAACCAUAACAGGUUUGCUUGCCUCCGAGUCUCGAACCUUUAUGCGGGCUUUCCGCCGAUAUCUACGUUUAUGCACCGUAUUUCUAGAGAUGGUGGCCUUUAUAAGUGAGAUCGCUCGGAACGAUAGUUUCCAAGCUCUCUUAAAGGGUUUCGCUUUCGAAAUAAAGGAAACUUUUGGCCCAAGGUACAUAGAUGAAAAGUUUGUUCUGUUUAUUGAAUUAGAUUACGUUGUUUAGCUUGCUGAUCUCUCUGGGCCAAUGCAUACAUUAUAUUUUCUGCGUUCUACAUAUUAAAGUAGGACGAUGUGGAUCGUAGAAAUUGGAGUACUAUAUUCGUAUGAUACAAUAACAGAAUGUACAAAAAUCGAUGAAUAUUCUACGCUCUAAAUGGAACGAAAAAGUCCUAACAAAUAUCUCCCCCAAAAACAUUCCUUUCGGAGAUACAGGUGUCCGAAAUUUCGGUGCUACUCGCAACGCCUUAGGGGAGACAUUCAUGAUAGCGUUGCGCCAAAGAGUCCGCGCUCCGACUUCAAUCAUUUGUAACUCGAAAAUCAAUCGCGCAUGGACCUUCGUUCCCCAGGACUUUUUUCUCUAUUUUUACACGUAGAAUGCAGCCCUAAAUUUUAUAAAAUUUUGUUCUUAGCAUAACUCAAAAUAACUGGCAAAAUAGUUUACCUGUGACCCAUAUUAAAUUCUUCCAUUUCAAAUUCUUUCAUCUUUUAUCUUAGAAUUAUUAUUAAAAAUUGGUCAGGCCUGCGAAGCAUUUCUCGACGAGCUCGCCACGACUAUCGUUGUUCUAGAAUUCGUAUCGAAUAGGAGCCUUAAGAUACCGCUAAGUUUCAUUGUCGCUCAAGGACGAAAGCAAACCGAGAGUUUCACUUACCGUCGUCAGCAGCGUGAUCGUAGAUCGUAAGAGUAGCCAGUAAUUGAUGUAAUCGAUCAAGACUAUAGUAUCAGACGCGUGGCAACGAGUGGGAACGAAUCCCUCGCCUCGGACGCGUUCGAUCUUCUCUCUCUGCAAGUACUCCUCUCGUUCUUCCCGUAAUGUUUUUUCUCCUCCGUUUAAGAAUUAAAGGCACGCUUGAAUCGCAUUGGAAGGGAUGACGGAAAAGCGCACAGUCGUUUCUGUAUCGCGUGGCAAGGCCGUAAAUUCGCUCUGAAUGCCGCACAGAGGCUUGUACUAUACGUUUUAUGUUCGUCGUAAUAAACGUUUACGGAAUUCACGUUGUUACCCCUUUCGCGUCGUCCCUCCCCGUCCUGAAAGGUGAAAAGAGCCGAGAACCGGCGUUCGACGUGUACAAAUUUCGGUGAAAACGAAGGCAGAGGUGGGCGAAAGUGCCUAAAUGUAAAAUAAAAUCGGAAUAGCUAGGGAGAGAUAUCACGUUUUUAUUUUUCUUCGUCAGCCUCUUGGUCGAUGCAAGUUUCGAUGUGAGUUAUGUACAUAUUUUGUUAUUUAUGUCGAACUUUGGGAAUAAUUGCUGUAGGAUAGAAUUUAGAAUUGUUGUUUAAUAUUCGAAGAAAGUUCUGCCCACCUCUGAUCAGAACGAAGCGCUACGUAUAUUAUAUUGAUAUUCUUCGGGCACGUUCGGGGACUUAGAGGUACGAAUAUUGUAGAAGUAGAGGUAUAAAUAUAUCAUAAUAACGUCACACUGAAUGAAAAUAUCCAUAAUUUGUCUCAUAAUAUAUUACACACAAGAUUCGACUCCUUGGAACAUACGGCGUUGACGUGUACUGCAGCGACUAAGUAGAAUACACCCUCGAUAGUCAGACGGGAGGACGCCUUACUGAGAUGUCUGACCAAUAUCGGCCAGAAUCACUUCCGGGUCUGAUUUUUCUUUCUCCAUAAAAUACAUAGUACUCGUAAAGUCAAAUCGGUACGCAAACCGAAUACCAAAUUAGUAUAAACUGGUAAAGUUUCAACAGAAAAAACGACGAAUACUGAAAUAAUCCAACUCCUUGCAACCUUCGUGUAAAAUAAGAAAUUGAUCUAGGACGCUUUCAUAAAAUAAAUAUUCUAGAAAAUAUAAACCGGAUAAUAAUUAGACGACAAUCCAGAAUCGAGAUUCACUGUAACGUGUCGUCCUUGAAUCCUUCAUUCGAUUAAUGCAACCAUGGAAGGUUAAUUGAUUCGACAAUGGUGGAUGACGAUCGUUCGUACAACAACUGAAAUCGAACGGGGUUUUGCCAGAUAAAAGACGCCUGGAUUACGGGAACCCGCGGUACGAUUUCGACUUUAUUGCAGGCAAUCGAUUGUUCCGAUACACAAUGGGGGAGAGGGGAGAAGGGUGACGGCUCUUCGUUUAUAUGCCCGUGACCGAAUCACAGUGUAUAUAAUCGUAUUUAUAUUCAAUUGUCGGUACUAUUUACAGAUCGUAUCAUCGUUAUUAUUAACCGUGUCGACGUAGUCAGUAACACUAACAUAAUCACAGCCAGUUCGCCUCGUGUGUAUAAUAUCGGUAAACAAGUAGGUACAAUCGUCGACUAAACUGCCGGGGAGAACACAUCCUUUAUUUGCACAGAUUCCCCACAAAUUAUCCGCAAAACGCCAAUUAAACGUUUACCUUCCGAUCGAUUAAGCUAUUCGACCCAACAUUGUUCUUUAGGAAAAAUACGUCGAGUCCUUCGACGAAGUAUCGUUUUAUUUCGAGCGGACUCUACCGUUUCGUAAAUUCCUUUGGUUAAUCCAUAAACAACAAGGACAAAAGAAUUUGAAAUUGCUAAAAAAAUGUUUGUUUUAGACGACGUAUGAAAAAUGUUAGCAGCCGAUAUCAUACUUUUGUUUACAUUACGAGAAAUUGUUAUUUUUUAAUAAAUAACUGUAUCAUUUUCAUGGGAAUUUGUGGAGAUCCUGAGCACGAUUCGGCUCUACGAUCCGCUAUCGAAUAGUUUCUACAUAUACAUAUAUAUAUAUAACAAUAAAUGUAUCCCUUUUUGCUGCAUCGUUAAUGCUUCGUCGCGAUGCAAACAAAGGGGUCUCCUGGAAAACUCUCGCAAUUCCACGAAAAUUGCUCGAUUGCCUGAGAAACUUGGAUUCCUUCUUAACAUUUUCAGCUCCUCGACUCGAAACCCGGAGAACAAAAUUUUCACCCAAAAAGUUUCCUCGACUCGAUUGCGCGUCUCGAGGCACCCGGAAAUCUGCGUUUCGUCCUUUGAAGUCUCGCGAAAGGAAUCCAAGUGAAAGUGAUCCUUUGACAGCAUUUCUCAACCCUCGACAGGCGUUAGAUUCUACUUAGGGAGAAAAGAGAUCGGAUUUUUUUUUUAUUUUUGCAAUACUCAUUGUUUCUAUUUUCCAGUGGAGAGUGUUGGACGAUAAUUGGUCGGGCAACGAUGGAACGAUAAAUUUCUGGAGGGUAGGUACAACGAAGAUAUUCGAUAAGGAACGCGACUGUUUUUUUAUAAACGAUACUAAAUUUAUAUAAUUACCAAUGAAAUUAUUUCUACUCGUAUCCAAAUAGGAAUAUUCAAGUAAAACUGUUAAAAAAAUAUAAUAUCUGAACAGAAAUGUAAAAAUAUUCGGUACAAUAUUAAAAUUACAAGUAAUAAAAUUGUUCGUAGAAGAAUUUCGUUAAUAUUUGUUGCAUUUUGUUGGACCAAUUAUGGUGCAAACAUCGUUCGGCAGAGACCUCGUGGAGGUGAUCGGGACGAGAAUGACUGGCGAGCUGAUAGAAAAGAUACCUUUAGCUUAGAAUUAGGGGUGCGGCUUUGUAAAUACAAGAGGGUGCGGGGGAGCGUGUCAUCGGAUCCCGUUUAUUUUCCACCGUGGAGGAAAAAGACUGACGCAGGAUGCGCGAUUAGAGCCUUCGAAAGGGUACUAAGGUCGCGUUUAAAAUGACGGACACGUUCAGGCUCGUGUACACGCGAACGUGCCCCGUUUAUGGCAGUUCUGGAAAUUUUCUCCUGGCAUUCAGCUUCAUUAAAUUCCGCCGUUAAAUUUUUCCUCGUCGCGUCGAGUUUAUUUUUUUACUCGACACCGAGGACGAUAUAUCCUUGUAAACGAUAUAUUUUGUAAAAUAAUCUAUCGUUCUUCUUUCUCACAUAAACACAAUUCAUAAGUAACAAACAACUCGUCUAGAUUACGCUCGAGUUGGCACUAGACAUUUGUAAACGAUGAAAAUAGACGAAUUAUUUGAGACAAAAGUCGCGUUUCACAUAAACUCGUUGACACCAUCGAAUUCCUGUUAAAACGGGGAAGGCUGGGCUAGAAACGUAUGUACAAGUUACAACGCACCCAAUGGGUCGCGAGAUAAUUAAAAGAAUUGCGCUAGGUGAGGUCAGAAGAAAUUAAAUUAAAUUCCUGUUAAUUAAGAAUAGAGAAUAAUAAUAAUAUUUCGCAUAAGAAUAUUCAAGUAAGCGUAUUCAAAUAGAAACGUUCAAAUAAUAAUAUUGGAACACGAAUAUUUAAAUAAGAAUAUUCAAGUAACAGUAUCGAAAUAAGAAUAAUCAAGUAACGAUAUUCAAAUAGUCCCCGGGCUGUCUGAAACGCGAAGGGUUGACGCAUGCCUGUAUUAAAAAUCGUAAAUUGAACACAGAGUCACGCUCGUCUCCAAGUGAAAUGGGAAUUCACGUCAGCCGUCGAUAUCCUCGACAAUUCAACGUCAGCCUGAGCGCAAAAAAAUGCAUCGCAGCGGUGGAAUCGUUUCGCGGGAGACGGCGGACAAUGAAUCGAGAACCGAACUCGAUCUCUCGGAGCCACGCAAUUUUCCUCGAAUUUCGUCGGACUUCCGCAUGGGGUGGUGGAGGAGACGGCGACGGCGGCGGCGGCGGCGGUGGCGGCGGGGGGGGGGAGAGGGGUGCGAUUCUAAGGAAUUUCCGUCGUCAGCUGGAGUUUAAAUACCGAACAAACUUAUGCUACUUUUAUCGAUAGUUAAUAUCGAAGAAUGACUCGAAACACCCUUAUCGAUUAACAUCUCUAAAGCUGCGUGCGGACCGGCGAAUGAUUAAUUACGAGGCAGAAACGAGGAGAAAGAGAAUUUCAUCCCUUUCGGAGAAUGGAAACAACAGAAAGUAGUUCGUAUUAAAUAUUUAGACCGAGUCAUAUGUUGUUUAGGAACAGACGUCUGCUGUAAUUUAAAAAUGGUACUCGCAGGGAAAGAAGAAUUUCAAUCGUGCAGUAAGGGAAAUUAAUCCAACGCUAACUAUAAAUACAUAUAUCGGGUUAGACGGAGCACACAAUUAGUUUAUAUUUUUACGAGACUCGAGUUGAGAGGGAUUUUAACAAUUACGAACCAAAUUAAAUUAACAAGAUGUACUUUAAUUUACAGACCAAAUAAUUUACAACAGAAACGCAGUUCGGUCAGAACUGCACAAAUUAUUGUCAUCCCUCGCACAAGAUCCCCGACCUACCAAACAACCCCAGACUCCUCUCUCGUUCACCAGUCCGCACGCAGACGAAAACAACGAACUACCAAUACGUUACCAAUCAACGGAUUCGUCGCUUACCGCUAGUCGAUUGUACACUCGUCCCUAACCCGACGAUCAAGGUUCACUGUAGUCCACCGAGUCAACAUUCUCAACAUUUAACAGCGCUCGUAACAUCCCAACAACAAAAACACCGCACCUGUAAAGCGCCCCGAACUCAUCGCCUAGCCUUUACUAACACCAUGAACCUCGAAUAACAUCUUCAUCGAGUCCAACGCUUCGACUUUCUCCUCUGGACUCGAUUUACCUCGAUCCACGGUAACCACGUAAUUAGGAAACGCGUCGAUCCUCCGGCUCGAAGCGUCUCGGCGUCAAAUACUCCACUACACGGAAGAGUCCUGGUUAGGCGAUUUACAGCGCAGCGACGCGUCCAUUUGUCCACGAAACCAGGGAUUCGUCGGGGUUCCACCGGCAGGAAAAAAGGCUAACCAGCGCGACUGACCGCCUAAUCUUAGAAUUAGAAGCCCAAGACCGUCGUAAAUUUCCUAAAGAAGCUUCCUCCUUCGGUGGCAGUUUGAUUAACAGCGCGAAGAAUUCUUCCCGAGGCGUGGAAGGGAUGCCGAAGACACACGGCUGAAAGGGAUUUUCAAUCCUUCCUGUCGAUACUGAUCGACCCACGUCCCUCGUUUAAACCCGAGUCUACUUUGGCAGCUGGUUUUCUUUAGGUAAGUUCCGCGGGAAUUUCCCGGUGAUCAUCUUCGUCCGUCCUUCCAUUAACCGCUUUCUCUAUUUUCCUCGGAGUCCUCGGGGAUUCCGGUGAAGCGAGUUUCAUGGCGAUCGUAGCGGAGACGUAGUUAGGGCUGCAAGAUAUUCUUCUUCGAGGUGUUGUCAUCCGCGUGGCCGGAAAAUGGCGACGGAGACUUGUUUUAUUUGGCAGACUAGGUUCUUUUUUCUCUCGGGAUUAAUCAAUUUCGUUGAACGCAUGCUGACUUCCUCGAUCUUUUUCAGAAGAUAGCAAGUCCCGAACAACCACAACAAACAAUAGCACUCGAGUCGGAAUCGUUUCAAACCUCCGCUGACACGUAGCGAAACAGACACCAACUUUUCCAAACUCCCGUGAUUAUAAUUUAUAAUUCGUAUCCUUUCUUGACUAGAGCAGCAAUAGUUCCCAUAUGGUUGAGACUCCAAGAUAUGAAUCUAGUCGAAAACGUUCUCAACAAACAAUAUCACUUUGACCAUCAAACCAGGGACCAGUUUUCUCUAGAUCCCAGGCCUUCACUCGACAAUCACAAUCGUUUUAAACCCAGCUCAACCGACUCCAACCUUUCAUCAUCGCAAUAUCCAUCUACCCAAAAGUGCCUUCAAAUCACAACAAACAUCACUUUGAUCGUCCGAGUUCGUCCAAAGUCUAAACUCCAG